AUGAUGAGAUUGGCCACGUUGUUUGUGCGGUGUAUUAAACUUAGAACCUCGGAAUCUUGUAAUCUCAGAAUCUCAGAAUCUCAGAAUCUCAGAAUCUCAGAAUCUCAGAAUCUCAGAAUCUCAGAAUCUCAGAAUCUCAGAAUCUCAGAAUCUCAGAAUCUCAGAAUCUCAGAAUCUCAGAAUCUCAGAAUCUCAGAAUCUCAGAAUCUCAGAAUCUCAGAAUCUCAGAAUCUCAGAAUCUUCAAAUAUCGCAUUAUCCUAAAAGAAGGAGAAAAUUGA